GGGAAACCAGGCUGCUCAGCACCACGAACCUUCAUCAUCUCCCUGCUUCCUGGCAGCAUGGCCUUCAACGGCAAGUACGAGAUUGAGAGCGAGAAGAAUUAUGACGCGUUCAUGAAGCGCCUUGGGCUCCCCAGCGACGCCAUUGAAAAGGGUCGCAACUUCAAGAUUGUCACGGAGGUGCAGCAGGACGGGCAGAAUUUCACCUGGUCUCAGCACUACCCCGGGGGCCACUCCAUGACCAACAAGUUCACAAUUGACAAGGAAUGUGACAUGGAGACCAUGGGAGGCAAGAAAUUCAAGGCCACCGUGAGGAUGGAGGGUGCGAAGGUGGUGGUGGACUUCCCCAACUACCACCAGACCUCGGAGAUCGUGGGAGACAAGCUGGUGGAGAUCUCCACCAUUGGAGGAGUGACCUAUGAGCGCGUGAGCAAGAGGCUGGCCUGAGCAAGCAGG